AUGGCCCCUCUUGCAACGCAGGUUGCGGGGGAGGUCCGCACUGUCGUGCAGCACUGCGGCGUGCAGCUGUCCGUCACGGCGCUGGUGGCGGAUGCACCCUCAAUGGCGCGCGCGGCUGCGACCGGCGCCGGCGCGUUUGUGGUGUCCACCCCGGCACGCGUGGCGGCGGCGCUGCGCGAGGGCUGGCUGCCGCAGGGCGCGCUGCAGCAGCGCCUGCAGGUUUUGGUGCUGGAUGAGGCAGACCUCCUGCUGAGCUACGGCUACGAGGACGACCUGCGGCUGCUGGCGCCGCAGGUGCCCCGCAGCUGCCAGUGCAUGCUGAUGAGCGCCACCACCUCAUCCGACGUCGAGCAGCUGCAGAAGCUCGUCCUCCACAACCCCACCACCCUCAACCUCUUAGCCACGCCCGGGCCGGGCGCGGGCGGCGGCGGAGGGGAGGGGGACGGCGGCGGCGGCGGCGGCGGCGGGGACCUGGCAGGAGGCGGGUCGGGGGCGGCGGCGGAGAUCUCGCAUUUUCACUACCCGUGUGCGAAGGAGGACCGGGCGCUGGUGGUGCUGGCGCUGCUCAAGUUGGGGCUCUUGCGGAAAAAGGUGCUCAUCUUCGCCAACACCCCCGACGAGGGCAUGCGGCUGCGUCUGUUUUUGGAGGCGUUCGGCCUGCGGCUGGCGCUGCUGUCGCCUGACCAGCCGCUCAACAGCCGCAGCCACAUCCUCGCGUCCUUCAACAAGGGCCUCUUCGACUUCUUGAUAGCCAUAGAUGACGUCCACGCACGCGCGGCGGACAGCGCCCCCGCGGCCGCCGCCGCCGCCGGCAGCAAGAAACGGAAGCGUGCCAAAGACGGCCAGCAGCAGCAGCAGCAGCAGAAGGCCGGCAAGCGGCCGGCAAAGGACGAGGAGUUUGGCGUGACCCGGGGCAUCGACUUCAAGGGGGUGCGGACAAUUGUGAAUUACGACCUGCCCGCCUCAGUCCAAGGCUACGUGCACCGCGUCGGCCGCACCGGGCGCGCCGGCCAGUCCGGCGCCGCUGUGACGCUCCUCACGCCUACCGACCUGCCGGCCCCUCUGGCGGCCACGGCGGCCGAGAGCGGCCUGAUCAAGCGCGCCGCCCCUGCGGCUGCGGACAAAGGUGGAAAAGUCGGCGACGGCGGCGGCGGCGGGUUCGGGGCGGCGCUGCUGGCGGCACUGCAGGGGGAGCACGCGCAGCGGCAGCGGAAAUUACAGCAGCAGCAGCAGGACGGCGGCGGGAGCGACGAUGAUGAGGAGGAAAACAAGGAUGGGGACGCCGUCGUCGGGCUCGGCGGCGGCCCGCUGCCGCUGUUUGGCCGGCUCACCAAGGCAGCAGUUGAGGGGCUGCGGUACCGAGGGGAGGACGUUCUGAGGGGCAUCAGCCGGGGCGCGGUGAAGGAGGCGCGCGCGCGGGAAGUUGCGCAGCAGCUGCUGAACUCGGAGAAGCUGAAGUCUUACUUCGAGACGCACGAGGCGGAGCAGGUGGGGUUGGCCGCGUGUAGAUGUUCAAAAGUUGCAUGUACAUGA